UAUACAAAGACAAGGAAGCAAAUGAUGAAACUUGAGCUGGGGCAAGACCAGCUUCAGAAAUACAAACCCCUGCUUCGUGAGCAACUCAAAAUCAGCACUGCAGUGGGCGACCCAAAUGCCCGAGGUCAACGAAAUGAAUCUUUGGCUUGGUUUUGGUCUGUUGAAGUUGACCUCGGGGGUCCUGAUCAAUCGUGGAAUGAAGAAUUUUACCGAGUCCAUUGGCUGAGGGCAAAGGCACUACGGGAUCGAUGGAGGGAAGAAAUGCUAUUGGUCACAUUGGAGAUGGAUUGGACAUGUAAGUUCUUUUUGUGGAAA